ACUGGGAGAGCAGAGCCGGGAGGCCGUGGCGGCUAGGCACAACUUUGCAGUGCUGUCCCCACCGCUCCUGCCGCCGGUGGGCCCGGGUAGCUGGGACCAGAGUGCGCUAGCAACCAGCGCGCCGCGCAAGGGAAGAUGAUGAUGAUGUCCCUGAACAGCAAGCAGGCGUUCAGCAUGCCUCACGCCGGCAGCCUGCACGUGGAGCCCAAGUACUCGGCGCUGCACAGCGCCUCCCCGGGUUCUUCUGCGCCCACGGCACCUUCGGCCAGUUCCCCCAACAGCUCCAGCAACGCUGGCGGCGGCGGCGGCGGCGGUGGCGGAGGUGGUGGAGGCCGGAGCAGCAGUUCCAGCAGCAGCGGCAGCGGCGGCGGCGGCGGAGGCGGCGGCGGCGGGGGCUCGGAGGCGAUGCGGAGAGCUUGUCUUCCAACCCCACCGAGCAAUAUAUUCGGCGGGCUGGAUGAGAGUCUGCUGGCCCGUGCCGAGGCUCUGGCCGCCGUGGACAUCGUCUCCCAGAGUAAGAGCCACCACCACCACCCGCCCCACCACAGCCCCUUCAAGCCGGACGCCACUUACCACACCAUGAACACCAUCCCGUGCACGUCCUCGGCUUCCUCUUCAUCUGUGCCCAUCUCUCACCCGUCUGCCCUGGCCGGCACCCACCACCACCACCACCACCACCAUCACCAUCACCACCAGCCGCACCAGGCACUGGAGGGCGAGCUGCUGGAGCACCUGAGUCCCGGGCUGGCCCUGGGAGCCAUGGCUGGCCCGGACGGCACGGUGGUAUCAACUCCGGCUCACGCACCACACAUGGCCACCAUGAACCCCAUGCACCAGGCAGCCCUGAGUAUGGCCCACGCACACGGGCUACCCUCGCACAUGGGCUGCAUGAGCGAUGUGGAUGCAGACCCCCGGGACCUGGAGGCAUUCGCCGAGCGCUUCAAGCAGAGACGCAUCAAGCUGGGAGUGACCCAGGCAGAUGUGGGUUCGGCUCUAGCCAACCUCAAGAUCCCGGGAGUGGGCUCGCUCAGCCAGAGCACCAUCUGUAGGUUCGAGUCUCUCACGCUGUCGCACAACAACAUGAUCGCGCUCAAGCCCAUCCUGCAGGCGUGGCUGGAGGAAGCUGAGAAAUCCCACCGCGAGAAGCUCACCAAGCCGGAGCUCUUCAACGGCGCGGAGAAGAAGCGCAAGCGCACGUCUAUCGCGGCGCCGGAGAAGCGUUCGCUGGAAGCCUACUUCGCUAUCCAGCCGAGGCCCUCGUCCGAGAAGAUCGCGGCCAUCGCCGAGAAGCUGGACCUCAAGAAAAACGUGGUGCGCGUCUGGUUCUGCAACCAGAGGCAGAAACAGAAGAGAAUGAAAUACUCCGCUGGCAUUUAG